GAAGAACCGUAUACGCGCAUUCCCGGAAUCAUGGCUGACGGUGCCCAGAGACGACCCAAGGAUGUCUACAACGACCAUAAAGGAUUCACAGGGCGUGUGCUCCAGAAGAUGUCCGGAACCGCGCCUCAACCCGCGUUGAACCUGCACGCCGUCGCGGCGCACCCAGAGAAGGCAUCGCCCGCAGACCUGCGCGAGCUCCGCGACGCGAUUCAAAGGCGGCAACUCGUGGAGGACGUGAUGGAGCUCAAAGGCGCGUUCUUUCCUGGGUUGGACGCCAUCAAGAAGGCGAACGAGACCCAUGAUAACUCAGUUACGCUGAACGAACGCGUACAGGAGAUGCAGAAGCGGCAUAUUCAAGAUGUCCGCACGCUCUACCAAUGGCAGGCGCAAGAUUAUUAUGAUGAAAUGCUCGACCUCGCACAGUCUAAACCGGACAUAGGAGACCCAGGCGCAGAGGCUUUUUACAAGGAUGCUCGAACAAAUUACGCCCUCGCGGACUCGUUCGAUGACAAUUUGGACCGUCUCAAUCUUGCACAUAUAUCUAGCAUUACUCCGCUGCUCAGGGAGAAGAAUAUGCAUAAACAACGCGAAGACGCAGUACAACGACGCCGAGACCAACAAUUCCCAACAACCAUUGCCGACUUCCGCAUGAUCCGUAACAAAGACGUUCAGAUACGCAUCGCGAGAUUCCUCGAGGCUGAUGAUACCGUGCGGGAACGCAUGCAGGACGAGUUCAAGUGGGUAUGGCGACAAGUCAUGCCUCUCAUCUCCGAGUACGCCCGUACCGACUCGUUCAAGGCCGAGAUAAAAACCCUGUUGCGGGACAUUGAAGUCCCGGACCCUCGCAAGGCGAGACGCGCACCGCAACCUACGGUUAUGGCGUCAUAACCGCAGCUUACUCCUCUUUCUUUAUUCCAGCCCUAAUAUGGCAUGGCGGACUACACUACUAUAUCAAUAUCCC